AUGUUCGCAGUGAAAAAGUUCCACUACUUCAUUUACGGAGUGCAUACCAUUGUAAGAAGAGAUCAUAGCGCCUUGACUUCGCUAUUCAAGCGUGCUAACGUCUCACCGAGGGUACUGAGUUGGGCCCUAGAGCUUCAACGAUACGAUCUGGAAAUCGAGUACGUAGAAGGCGCGGCGAAUAACGUGGCAGAUGCCCUUUCAAGAGGGACGUUAUCAGAACAUGACAUGGGUAUAGCUAAACAUGCCGAAGAGAAGGUAGUGGCACUCGUAAGAGACUCUGACUGGCUCCAGAACAAUGACCAAGAUUUCAAGUUGAUAAUUGAGUCAAUAGAGGCGCGUAAGGAAGAUGACAUCCCAAUUAGGCACCACGGUAGAAAGUUGACUUCAGCUGAUUUUGAAAUCAGUGAUGGAAGACUACGUCUUAUUCGGGAAAACGGCUCUAGAGUGAACGUCAUACCCCGGAACAAAAGACGCGAACUUUUUACAGAAGUGCACCAUGGAACUAUGGGUGGGCAUUUCAAUGCUAGGAAAAUGUCAUCUCAGCUUGAAAAAGCAGCGUAUUGGCUAGGGAUGAAACAGGACGUUGCAAAAUGGUCCCAAGAAUGCCAAAAGUGCUUUGUGCAUAACACACAUAGGGUCAAUACUCCUUCGCUGAAGCCGGUUGUAGUUUCCAGGCCGUUUGAAAUAGUUGGUAUUGACUUGCUCGAGAUGGGCUUAUCAAGCCGCGGGAACAGAUACAUAGUCACGAUAAUAGACCAUUUCACAAAAUAUCUCGGGGCCUAUCCAGUGCCAGACAAAAGAACAGGAACCGUGGCAGAAGUUCUUUUCAGCCACUGGAUUUGCGGCGCAGGAAGAUGGCCAGAAACAGUACUCUCAGAUCGAGGAACUGAAUUCGAGAACUCUGUCGUUAGCGCUUUAUGUGAAAUAAUGGGCAUUAAGCAACAGUUCACCAAGGGUUAUUGCCUCAGAGAAAAUGGAAUAACCGAGAGGGUAAACGGAACCAUUGUCCGCAUGUUGAAGAAAUCAUAG